CUCAACCAUUUGAACCAUUUGAAGUAACCAAUGACUGAAACGCCUUACCCGAACUAGUGGUAUCAGCCCUAUCAGUGAAUAUUUUCAAGGAGAUCCUGGACCUUCACUAGAAGGCAAGCUACUAAUCCUGCACCAUUCAAACCAUUUGAAACGUAACGCUACAGGGUAGUUUUUGGUUCGAGGAAUGGCCACGGCAUUUGAAACCGAAAUGGGUGUAUUACCUGAACUAUCUAAGGCUGUACAAGAAAUGGACUGGAUUUUGCCUACCGACAUUCAAAGUGAAGCUGUUCCCUUAAUCCUCGGUGGAGGUGAUGUUUUAAUGGCUGCUGAAACCGGAAGUGGAAAAACAGGAGCGUUCUGUUUACCUGUUCUUCAAAUUGUAUAUGAAACACUUAAACUUCUCCAAUCUAAUAAGCAGAACAAAGCUAAUAUCUUACCAAAACAUUCAAGCGGCCAGAUGAAACUCAAUGUAUAUGAUCGUACCGAUGCUAUGGCAAUCGAUACCAAUGGACUGCUUUGUCAAAGUCGCGAUCCAGGUGGAUGGCACGGAGCUAGAGCGAAUCACGGAGUAAAGUGUUCAGGUCGUUAUUACUAUGAGGCGCAUGUAACUGAUGAAGGGCUAUGUCGGGUCGGCUGGUCAACUUUGAAUGCAUCACAUGACGUUGGAACUGAUGCUGAGAGUUUUGGCUUCGGUGGAACAGGUAAAAUGUCUCAUCGACGACAGUUUGAUUCGUAUGGUGAGGCUUUUGGGAAAGGAGAUACUAUUGGCUGUUUCUUAGAUCUUGAUAAUGGAUCCAUAAGUUGGUCGAAAAAUGGUAAACUAUUUGGAAAAGCUUAUGACAUCCCAGCUCAUUUACGUUCUAAAGGAUUAUUCCCAUCAGUAUGCUUAAAAAAUGCUGAGUUAAGAUUUAAUUUCGGAGAUAGUGCAUUUGAUUUUCCACCACCAAAUGGUUGGAUAGGUAUCAGUUCUUGUCCGGAAACAAAUAGUGUUGAAAAUACUUUUCAAGCCACUUCAUCUGGCCCAGUCUACAAAUCUAAACCAAAUGCCCCACUAGCUUUAAUUAUUGAACCUUCUCGUGAACUAGCAGAACAAACUUAUGAACAAAUUAAAAAAUUUAAACGUUAUUUAAAAGAUCCAUGUCCUCGUGAGUGCUUGUUAAUUGGUGGUGCCAACAGUAAACAACAAAUGGAUGAAUUACAUUUAGGAGUUGAUAUUGUUGUAGCUACUCCUGGGCGUUUGGAUGAUCUUAUUUCAACACAGUCUCUUCUGUUAAGUAACUGUCGUUUUUUUGUCUUGGAUGAAUGUGAUGGUCUUCUCUCUGCUGGUUAUGGAGAUAUGGUUUCUCGAAUACACAAACAAAUACCUAAGGCUACUGCUGAUGGAAAUCGUUUGCAAAUGAUUGUUUGUUCAGCUACUCUUCAUUCCAUGGAUGUUAAACGAUUAGCUAAUAAAUUAAUGCAUUUUCCAGUAUGGAUAGAUUUAAAAGGUCAAGAUAGUGUCCCAGAAACGGUACAUCAUGUGGUGUGCCUUAUUGAUCCCAACAAUGAUACAUCAUGGAAAGAAUUAAUGAAAUCAAAUAAACAUAUACAAACAGAUGGGGUUCACAUGAAAGAUCAACUUAAUCCUAAUUCGAGUACACCAGAGGUUUUGUCAGAAGCUGUAAAAUUACUAAAAGGUGAGUAUGUCAUUCGUGCGAUUAAACAGCAAAAUAUGGAUCGUGCACUUAUUUUCUGUCGUACAAAAUUGGACUGUGAUAAUCUGGAACAGUAUUUCAUAUCAAUGGGUGGUGGACCUAAUCGUCGUGAUUCACCAUUUAGUUGCGUUUGUCUUCAUAGUGAUCGAGCUCCUCCGGAACGUAAAGCAAAUUUGCAAAAGUUCAAGAAUGGAGAGGUUCACUUUCUUAUAUGUACAGAUGUUGCUGCACGUGGUAUCGAUAUUACUGGUCUCCCAUAUGUAAUUAAUGUGACAUUGCCAGAUGAAAAACAAAAUUACGUGCAUAGAAUCGGUCGCGUAGGUCGUGCUGAAAGAAUGGGUCUGGCAAUCAGUUUAGUGUCAACUGUCAAAGAAAAAGUAUGGUAUCACUCUAAUUGCUCUACACGUGGUCGUGGCUGUUAUAAUACUCGUUUGUUAGAUCAAGGCGGUUGUUGUAUUUGGUAUAACGAGCCCAAUUUAUUAAACGAAAUUGAAGAACAUUUAGGUGUGACUAUCGACACAGUGGACAAAAAUUUAACUAUACCUGUAGAUGCAUUUGAUGGAAAAGUUGUAUAUGGUCAGAAAUUGAAAAAAAUGGCGCCUAAAUAUCAAAGUCAUGUGAAUAUUUUGGCAUCCUCCGUUAAAGAACUGGAUAAUCUUGAAAAGAGAUCACAACAAGACUUUUUGCGUUUACGAUACGACGAAGAAUUAGCCAUAUGAAAUUAUAUGAAGUUGAUUUCUCAUUAAUUGAGUUAUUGUUACUGUUUUUUUCUUUAUUUUACUGAGUUUGUUUAUUUCUCCUUGAUAAUAACACUAAUGAUCGUUAUUAUUAUUCACUUGUAAAUUUGCCAACAAAUGAAUUAGUGUAAAUGGUCUUUUGAUAUUAUACUCAAGUAUGCUGGUUGAUUAAUAUGAUAUUUUGAAUUAACAUUUACGCUGUAAUAGGUUUUGGGUGAUUAUCGGUGUAUGUUUAUCACUUAUUGCGCUAGCUCGUAAUUUAAAAUAUAAAUUUUGAUGUGUGUUUUGAGAAUAAUCUAAAUAAACAGUUGUUUAUUGAAUUACUUGUGUAUUUCAGGCAAUUUUCCGACCCGUGAAUUUAUCGCUUUCUUAACUGAAUUUUACUUGAGAAGUAAUACUGUUAUCCACAGAUGGAUAUCUCAUUUGUAUAGCUGGUUAAUUGUAACUUCCAGUUUACUAGUUUUUUUUUUGUAUUUAGACAAGUUAGAUUGUUCUUUUGAAUAUUAAUAUAUGAAAACAAACUCCCAGUACUUUGAUACAACAGAUGCUGAUUUCCAUGUACAAAUCCACAAUUUAUUACGAAUAAGAUAUAUACUACGGUAUAUUAUAAUUCAUUCAAAAUCAUAUUAGUACAGCUGGCUACCUAUUUGACGCAUGUUGUAAGAUGACUUCCUUUUCCCAAAUAGUAUAUCGGCAUAUAAAUGAACAUAAUACGAAUUUUAAGUGCGGAGCCGUCUACGUACACACCUUAUGUCAAAUCGGCCGGCAGGCCUCCUUGGAUAAGGCCCUAGAAUCUCGUAUGAUUGAUGUAUGUUGUGUCUCCGAAACACGCAUACAAGAUCC